AUGCCUUCUACAGUAGAAUAUCGCGCUGGGAAGCGACCUCGCACCCAAUCUCUACCACCUCCGGCUCUCCCCCAGCUUGUCGCCGAACAGCACGUACCCAUAGCCUCCAAUGACAAGGACAGCCAGAGACUCAUAGUAGUCUUAUCCAAUGCCAGUCUAGAGACAUACAAGGCCUCCCACGGUAACGGUGCUGGCCGUGCUGGUAUGCAGCGUGAGGAUAAGUACUCGCUUCUCAACAGCGACGAGCACAUAGGAGUGAUGCGCAAGAUGAACCGAGAUAUUAGCGACGCCCGACCGGAUAUUACACAUCAGUGUCUCCUUACCCUUCUGGAUUCGCCCAUCAACAAAGCAGGCAAGCUGCAAAUAUAUAUACAGACUGCAAAGGGUGUCCUCAUCGAGGUGUCACCUACUGUCCGCAUUCCCCGAACGUUCAAGCGAUUUGCUGGUUUGAUGGUUCAGCUGCUCCAUCGCCUAUCCAUCCGCUCGACCAAUUCGCAAGAGAAACUCCUUCGAGUCAUCCAGAACCCGAUCACGGACCAUCUCCCACCCAAUUGCCGCAAGAUCACGCUAAGCUUUGACUCGGCCACCGUGCGCGUACGAGACUACAUCCAAACGCUUGGACCAAAGGAAAGCAUAUGUGUCUUCGUGGGUGCCAUGGCCAAAGGCCCAGACAACUUCGCCGACGAGUAUGUAGACGAGAAGAUCUCAAUUAGCCAAUACAGUCUUUCGGCUAGUGUUGCAUGCAGCAAGUUUUGCCACGCUGCUGAGGACGUCUGGGACAUCCUCUAAGAUAGUCUCCUAAGCUGAGCCCCUCGAGGAGGAAAAGGGGAAAGUAAGAGGAGGGUAGGUAGUGGAACGUAUUAGGUAUGAAUGAUAAAGCGGGUGUGCCUUGCGAAACCCGCCAUACAACAUGGUGGCAGACGCAGGUAUCCCCGGAGCUUGGGUCUACGGGUUUUGUUCAGUCUCUGUUUUUGCAACCAAAACAUCAGGCGUUCAACAUGAGAUCCAAGACGUUUUCGCCGUCUUAUGUGGGCCACUUCAACUUGGCCCACAGCCCUCUUUCUUUGUUUCCCUUUUUUAACAAAUUCCCCCUUAUGCUAGCUCACCUCUCUAGUCCGAUACCAGGAUUUGCGUCGACCAUGGGACAAGACAAGUGCUUGGGGCCAAAGUCAUUAGACGUGCAGCCCGCCUUUCACGAGGUUCUCAUGGCUUAGCUGAGAGCGGACCUAAUCUUUGUAACAGAACAAUACGUCGGCUUUACGCCGUGCCUAUCAGAUGAGUUCAAGCGGAUUAAGCUGCGGAAGAGUGAGCUGGAUAUUGGAGCAUCUGCUGUUGAGCCAUCCGCUUCUAGGAACGGACAUCGGCGUCAGCGAUAA